AUGGCUACAGAUGCAAAGAAGACCCUUCGUUCGGACAUCAAGCAGAAAUUGGCGGCAUUGAGUGAGCAGGAUGUUUUGGCACAGUCACGAAAGGCACAGAAUGUGAUAUUGGCUUUGCCAGAGUACCGGAAAGCGAAAAGGGUUGGCAUUUACUUGUCUAUGCCAAAGAAUGAAGCGCAAACAUCAGGACUCGUGCCGGAUUCGUUGUGGACUGGCAAAGAGGUUUUCGUGCCGUACAUCUAUUCUGUAGGCACGGAGAAGCCGAAGACCAAGGUCAUGGAUAUGCUGCGACUUGAUGGGCUCGAGGACUAUGGCCAGCUGGAAAGCGAUAGUUGGGGCAUUCCUACUUUGCCGAAGGAGGGCCUGGAUGAGAGACAGAAUGCGAUGGGCUUUAAAGGUCGGUCCGUGACGGAUGAUGGUACGAAUACGGAAUCCGACAGUCCUUCUUCUGGCGGUCUUGAUCUCAUCGUUGUGCCUGGUGUUGCAUUCGACUCGGAAAUGAAUCGGAUGGGUCAUGGUGCUGGUUUUUAUGACAAGUUCUUGACUCGAUUCACGGGAAAUGGCAAGAGGAAAAAGCCAUAUCUUGUCGGAUUAUGUCUCGCGGAGCAAAUCUUGCCAAUGGGCAGACUCAUGAUGGAGGAGUGGGACUGGAAGGUGGACGCGGUCGCGUGUGGAGAUGGCACAUUGCUGACGCCAAAUACCCAAUGA